GAUCAGAGCUCCGCUCCAGUCCGGACUGGAGACACACACCGGAACAUUUUCUCUCAGCACUCGGAUUUUUACAAAGUGCUCUGUUCCCAUUUUUACGCAGAAAGGACACUGCGCGUCGUUCUGUUCCGUGGAUUUAUUUUGGGCUUGAAUUUUGAGUGGGCUCCGGGCCGGGACGUGAGGAUGUUUCAGAUCAAGUAGGAUCCUCCGGUCCUCCGGGACGUUUCAGGAGGUUCGGCUGCGUCUGUGCCCGCUUGGAUUACACUCAAAAUACACAUCUUUGGACUAUAAACGCACACACGGGAGCACUCGCCUCGUCUCCAAUGAAAGAUCCCCCUUCAGGAUCAGCUAGAGAUCGAAUCAGUACGCGGAUCAAACCCAGUGAGACCCCCGACUCCAACAAGUCUCGCCCCGGUGCGGUGGUCUCCUUCCUGACCCCCCUGGACCCACUUCGCCAGGCUAAGCGGCUUCCUAUCCGAGUUAUCAAGAUGUUGACCGCGCAUACCGGACACUUGCUACACCCGGAAUAUUUACAGCCUCUGACGCCCGCGCCAGUCAGCAUCGAGCUGGACGCUAAGAAGAGUCCACUGGCCCUGCUUGCUCAGACCUGCUCUCAGAUUGGUAAACCAGACCCUCCGUCUAGCUCCAAGCUGAGCUCCUCCUGCAGCCAGGGGGAUAAGGAGCCCAGCAGUCGGUCGUCCGCCCCCACUCUGAAGCUGGGGGAGCGCCGCCCCUCCCUGGACGACAAAUCCAGCUUCAAGCCCUACAACAAAGGUAGCGGAGACUGUCGCAGAGACGGAGUCACCAGCAGUAGCACCUCCAGCAACGAUAAAAUGGGGUUCAGGGUGCCCAGCAGCAACAGUGUUACCACGAAUGGAAAUUCGGUCAGCAGCCAGCAAUCCUACCCUUCCCAUGCUGCUUCUCCCGGCUCCAGAGGCAGCAGCACCCCUCCAGGACACAAUCAGCUGCAGCACAAACCGAGCCAGUCUCCUGGUGGACAGGCGGCUUCACACUCUCAGACUCCCAGUGGUGAAUCUGCACGUGAGCAGAGCAGUCCUACCUGCAUGGGCGGCAGCAAUAACAACAAUAAUAAUAAUCUCAAAAAAGACACUGACAUAAACAAGGCUAACUUGGACAGUCCACACCAUGCAAAUUCCAGCCACGUUCGGGCCAGCACAAACUGCAGCAGCGGCAGCUCUGACGGUGGUUCCAACCAUGACGGAGGAAAGGCUGAGCCCACCCAGUCUAACCUUGGCCCGGGACACAUUACACCCAUUUCUCCUUUCAAGACCAGCCAAGCGCUCUUCCCUAUGCCUUCCUCUAAUAUGGGUUACCAAGGAUCUGUCAUGGGGGGCUACGUAGGCUACCCAUCCCAGUAUGUUCCGGGUUUGGAUCCAUCUAAGUCGAGCCUCAGCGUGGGGAGCAUGGGAGGAAAACACCCAAGCUCCAGCCCUCUCACGGGCGCCUCCCCUCCUGCCUUCAUGCAGGCUUUAUGUAGAGACCCCUACUGUCUAAGCUACCCAGGUGUAUCCCAUCUUGGUGGAAGCAACUGCAACUCCUGCAUCCAUGACCCUUCCUCCACCCUCAAAACUAGCUUCCCGCUGGUGUACCCCUCCCACCCGCUCCAUUCUCUCCACCAAAGCUCCUUGUCGUCCAGUGGGUCCCCCUCCCUCUCUCACCCGCUCUACACGUACGGCUUCAUGCUACCCAACGACCCCUUGCCUCACGCCUGCAACUGGGUAUCAGCCGCGGGGCCGUGCGACAAGCGUUUCGGCACCUCGGAUGAACUCCUAGCCCACCUCCGCACCCACACAGCUCUGCCCGUGGGGAUGGACAGUAAGCUGCUCUCCGUUUCUUCCUCCGGACCUGCCUCCUGUCACCUUCACCUCCCACACCAGAGCAGCCCAGGCUCCAUGCCCAGCUCUCUGUCUCUCAGGGCUCCCCCCAGCUUAGGUUUAGCUCGGUAUCACCCCUACAGUAAGGUCCAUCUGCCUUCUGGACCCUCCUCCAUCUCUCUUCACUCCAUUCCUACCACAGGCCCAUACUACCCUCACUAUGCCUUCUAUAGUCAAAGACUUGGAUCUGCAUCAGCGCUUGGUUACCAAUAAAACACCAGGAACUUUUACGUUUAUAGGAAUGGUUUGACAUUUUGGGAAUCACGGCCGUUGUCUGGCGGAGAGUAAGAUGAGAAGACUGAUAUCACCUUCCUGUGUGUUGAAUAUGAAGUUGCAGCUAGUUAGCUUAGCAUGAUGAGGUGGAAGCUGUGAAAAAGCUCACCUGGCUCCAAAAACAGUUCAUCUUUUGCAUUGCUUGUUAAGUAUAGAAACGAAUUUAGAUAAGACGGUUCCUGUCCAACUAUCGAAAGUUUAAUCUAAAAAGUAACCAAACAACUUUUUACAUUUUUCGUGGUAUUUUCUUACUGAUUUAACCGCAAUAUUCAUUGUGAGCCUUUAAACUUUGGUGAGAGGGAGGCAAGCUUUUUACUUCUGUUUACGGUGUGACGCCUCGUUUCCAUCUGGCCUCAGAAAAAUCGGUACGCAAGGAACUAUGGUUGCCGACAAACAGAUCAAUUUGCUGUGGAGCAAUGGGAGAGAAACUGAUUUUAAUUUUCACCAUCAAGUUGUCUGUGUAGUGAAGAGGUGCCAGGUGCAUAGCCUGUUUUGUUUAAGAAAAAGCAUGAGCCGCUAAUCACACGUAUCCUGGGCACAGUGGCUCGUUACACAACAUAAACAACUGGGGGAACUAAAUUCAUCCCAAAGAAAUCGCCUGCUAAAAGGACAAAACAGAGGAAAUAAUACAUGGUGACAAGCUAGUAAAAAUGGAUGGCAGGUGUGCAUGUAGGUGCUAGUUAGCUUAGCACUUACAUCCCUUCAGAAAUCUAAUUUGUCAUUCUAUGCAAAUCACACACACACACAUUUGCAGAGGUUUCCAGUUGGAGUAUCGCGUGAGUGCACAAAAAUAUGUGUGGAAAAACGAGGCGUCAAUGAUAAGCAAAGCUAACUUGAUGUAGCUUCCUAUUUAACCACAAUGCAUCACUGUUGUCAGAUGCAGAGCCAAUAAACAGAUUCCCCAAAAUGUUUCACUGUUACUUUAAAUUUAACUGAGGCAAUUUCCUGCUUUCUCUGACUUCAGACAGAACUCAAAGUUAAACUUUUUGGGGGUGCAAAAAUUCUGUUUUGUGACCUGGGAGCUUUGUCAGACUUUGAUUUGACUUUCUAUACUCAAGUUUUAAUCAGGCCCAAAUCCACAGGUUCCGGAGGACACGUGGCUUUUGCAUGUCUGCGUAUUGCUCGGAUACGUCCGAAACAAAUGGGCGCGACUGCCCUGGACUGAUCUGCUGUCCUGUGCUCUUCUGCAAAUUGAUUGCUGAAUGUAAAAACUAUUACAUGUAAAAAAAAAAGUUAGUGCAAAAAAAAAGAACAGUUCGUCAGGAAUGGCUGCGAGCUGCGAGCUGCAGCCUCUGCGGUUGCUUUCCAUCUGCAAGACGUGCAUGUAAGCUCGAAGCAACGUACACACCCAACCGCACCAUCGUUUUUGAGGAUCAAAUUUGGUUCCUUUUGCUUAAUACCACUGAGGAGUUGUAUUUAUUUUAAAUGGGAUAUCAGAUCUCCACGAGUUCCCCUUUUACGGUCCAGUGAGCAGACACGUUGGAAGCUAGAAGACAGGUGUUGAAAAAAACACUUCUUCUUGAAUGAAUGUUGAAAUCACAUCUCACUUUUUUUGUUUUUAUUUUCACAGCGAAUCAGUAAAGCUGAGAUGUGAUAUUUUUUUGUAAUAUUGGAGCAUCCUGUGGUAGGGGUCCAGCCAAAGGGGAGGUCAUAUUUUGGUAAAUAAAUCACACUGAAGAUGUG